AUGUUAUUCUGCAGUGGUUACUAUACUUGUCUGUUUCUGCUGGAGGAGGAGACUGGAUAUGUCCAAAUACUUCCACUUCUCAUUGCAGUGUGCCGUCUAACUCUGGCCUUCCCCACCCAAACACCAUCUGCAUUUGAUGAUGUCCAGCAGCUCCAGGUGAACAUCCCUCACUCAGGUCCGAUUUCCGCCCCACUGGGAAGCUCCAUCUCUAUCCCUUGUUUAGUGUCUCUGUCAUCCACAUCCACAUCCACCUCCUCCUCCUCUCCUGUUUUACCACGCGUCAAGUGGACUGUGGUGGCUGGUGGGGUGGAGACACAGAUCUUGGUGGCACGCGGUCAAAGGGUGAAGGUCAACGAAGCCUACCGAGACCGUGCCGCCUUGCUCAACUACACUUCCUCCCCCGAUGAUCUGUCACUGUGGUUGGGAAAUUUACGCCCCAGUGAUUCUGGUUACUAUCGUUGUGAGGUGCAGCAGGGCCUGGAGGAUGCCAGCGACCUUGUACAUCUCAAGGUCAAAGGUGUUGUAUUCCACUAUAGAGAUGCUUUGGGCCGCUAUGCGUUUUCCUUCAAUCAGGCCCAAAGGGCUUGUGAGGGCAUUGGGGCACAGAUCGCCACUCCUGACCAGCUGCUGGCAGCUUAUUAUGACGGCUACGAGCAAUGUGAUGCAGGCUGGCUGGCAGACCAGUCUGUCAGGUACCCAAUCCAAGUCCCCCGUCAAGGCUGUUAUGGAGACAUGAACGGCCAACCAGGCGUGAGAAACUAUGGGACAAUGGAUCCAGAUGAUGUAUUUGAUGUUUACUGUUAUGUGGAGGAAAUUGGCGGGAAAGUGUUUCAUGACUCCGCCUCACAGCAGCUGUCUUUUGAUGAAGCACAGUCAUACUGCAGAGCAGCAGGAGCAGAGCUGGCUACAACAGCACAGCUGUACUUGGCAUGGAGUGAAGGUCUGGACCACUGCAGCCCUGGCUGGCUGUCUGAUGGCAGUGUGCGCUACCCCAUCAUAAACCCUAGAGAACGCUGCGGAGGGCCUCAGGCAGGCGUCAAAACACUCUACCGCUUCAGCAACCAAACUGGCUUCCCAGAGCCAUCCAGCCUUCAUGACGUUUAUUGUUUCAGAGAUAAUAUAAAUACUCAUACCGACCCUCCCACGGACUAUGUGGCUACAGAACCGGAGGACAUUGGACAGGAUGUUGUUAUUCUUAUGGAAACCGAUCAAGAGCUACAACUGAACCAACAUGCAAAACAGGUGGAGCUCAAAGCUCAAAUGGUGCUGGAAUCUUUUCCCUUUUUCUCUAGCCCCUCCACUGAAGAAAAUCUGGUUGACACACACCCAACAGUUAUAUCAGACACAACAGAGUCUUCCCUCAACAGCACACCUACAUUGGACCUCCUCCAGGCAUUUGAUGAAACGUCAUCUCCUACAGAAAUGAGCUACGACUCCCAGCACCCUACAGCACGGAUGAACAGUACUAUCAGUGCCACAGAAACCUACGAUUCCCCACAAAACAUGUCGUUACUGCCCGAGGUUUACAAUGAGACAGAUUCCCACCAAAACUUGAACUUCACCUCUCACCAGACUGAGCCUGAAAGCACCAUAGGGUUUCCUGAAUCAUCAUAUGAACCUCACACACAUAACCAGACAGUUCCAGAUACAAAUCCCGAAGAAAAUACGCAGCCUUCUGAGAGGCCAAAGGAUUUUCAAGAAAUACAAGAGACCAACUUGAAACUUUACAAAUCACAAGCCAAUUACAAUGAGUCAGACAGCAAUCAUACUAAAGAGAAGAGUUUCUGGAAGGUGAAGAUGGAGGAGGCAGAAGUAGAAGAUCCUGUGUCUCUCUCAACUCAGGCCUCAAAAGAAGAAGAAUUUGUUACACAGCCAGCCCAAACUACAAAAUCUUCCAACAAGGAGCUUACCUCAUUGUGGGACAGUCUGGAUGGGUCUGGAGAUAUUUCUCAAGAAAGUGACCUUCAUGUUGAAGCAGUCGGCUUUAUCUCCAUAUCAGAGUCUUCUACUUCUAGCAUCACCACUCACCCGUCACCUUUUGUGGCUACUGGCGCUCCAGCUGAGCCUUGGACUGCACUCCCCGAUCUGACCCUCUCGUCUAAGUCACGCCAUUCUGACAAACUGGGCUUGGAUAUCGUCUCUACCGCACCACAGUUGUGGGAGUCCUCCAUUUCCAGUAAGGAGGGAAGUACAAGCUUAGAAAUUGAAGACACAGUCAAAGUGGAAGGUGAAGAAAAAAAGCUGCAGCCAACAAAGUCUGAAGACAACCUUGUUUCUGAAGUAAGUUUAGCCACGACUGAGUCUCCAGAGAGGUUGAACACCUCUCAGUUGCCUAGUGAUUCCACAACAGUGCGGUUUCGUACAUCGGGUUACAGAGUCUAUUUGGACACUGCAACCACUGGGUAUGAAGAGGCUAGUGGACAUGAGCCUAAUACAGUUACUGCAACCAUUGGGGAAGAAGUUACUCCAACCAUUGAAGAGGAAAAUAAAGUAAACCUUACUCUUGAAGAGGAAUUUACCGUUACCCCAACCCUUGAAGAGAAAGCAAAUGUUUCUUUUUUACUAGGAGAGGAAGUUAAUGUUGCACCAAGCCUUGCCCUUGAAGAUGAAUCUAGCAUUGCCCCAACCCUUGCCCUUGAAGAUGAAUCUAGCAUUGCCCCAACCCUUGCCCUUGAAGAUGAAUCUACCAUUGCCCCAACCCUUGCCCUUGAAGAUGAAUCUACCAUUGCCCCAACCCUUGCCCUUGAAGAAGAAACUAACAUUGCCCCAGUCCUUGAAGAAGAGGCUAAUGUUUCCCUAUCCCUUGAAGAAGAAGCUAAUGUUACCCUAACCCCUGAAGAAGAGGCUAACAUUGCUCUAACCUUUGAAGAUGAAUCUAGUAUUGCCCCAACCCUUGCCCUUGACGUAGAACCAAAGUUCACCCCAACCCUUGAGGAAGAAGCUAGCAUUGCCCCAAUCCUUGAAAAAGAAGCUGAUGUUGUCCCAACCUUUGAAGGAAAAGCUGAAGUUGUCCCAACCCAUGUCGUUGAAGAAGAACCUAACAUUGCCCCAAUCCUUGAAGAAGAGGCUUCCCUAUCCCUUGAAGAAGAAGCUAGCGUCGCCCCAGUUCUUGAACAAGAGAUUAAUGUUGCCCCAACCUUUGAAGAAGAAGCUAAAGUUGCCCCAACCCUUGUCACUGAAGAAGAAACUAAUGUUUCCCCAACCCUUGAAGAAGAAGCUAGUGUUGCCCCAGCCUCUGAGGAGGAUUUCACCAUCUUUCCUAUUGAUUCACAAACAUCUAACUGGGCUCUUCUGACCACCACAACUGGACCCCAAGAGUCUUUGAAUGAUCCAGAUUACAGCAGAAAAACCUCCUCCAUCACCUCCACAGCAGCUCCAGAUUCCUCCUCAAGUACAAAACUCACUGAUGCUACAACACAGAAGACUAUCACCACUACCACGACCACCAAACACUGGUCAAGACGCACCUGGAGCCCGACCACCCCAACACCGAAUGUUUUUCACAAGACAGCUGAGCCCCAGAAGGUGACAGCCUUCAUACCACCAGUGGAUCAAGGUCUGGUGGAUGUUGAGUUUAGUCUCACCCCGCCGCCCACCCUGCUUAUCUUGCCCAAUGAGAGGGCCGCUGUAGGCGGUACAGGGAAAGUUUCAGAUGCCUGUGUGGACGACCCCUGUCUCAAUGGAGGCACCUGCACUGAGCGAGACGGUCAGAUUAAAUGUCUCUGUUUGCCAACAUACGGAGGAGACUUCUGUCAGACUGACGUGGAGCAAUGUGAACCGGGUUGGGAUAAGUUCAAUGGUUUCUGCUACAGACACUUUGGCCAGCGUCAGAGCUGGGAGGUUGCAGAGCAGCACUGUCGCAUGCUGGGAGCUCAUCUGGUGUCCAUCAUGACCCCUGAGGAACAGAGUUACAUCAACAGUAACUACAAAGAAUACCAGUGGACUGGUUUGAAUGAUAAGACCAUUGAGGAUGAUUUCCGCUGGUCUGAUGGGAACCCGCUGCUGUAUGAGAACUGGUACAGAGGGCAGCCAGACAGCUAUUUCCUGUCUGGCGAAGACUGCGUAGUGAUGGUGUGGCACGAUGACGGGCGCUGGAGUGAUGUACCCUGCAACUAUCAUCUUGCAUACACCUGCAAGAAAGGCACCUCCUCGUGUGGUCCACCACCGAGGGUUCGGAACGCCUCCAUAUUUGGAAAAGUUCGACAGAGAUACGAGACCAAUGCAGUCGUGCGUUAUCACUGCGCUCAAGGUUUCCAGCAGAGGCUAAAUCCUCUGAUCAGGUGUCUGUCUGAAGGCAGAUGGGAGAGACCCCAGAUCCUGUGCAUGCCUGAGGCCGGAGGUCCAACCCAACACCCUGAAGUGACGUCACAGACCAACAGCAACUUUGCCGCCAUUGAAGAUGGGUUUGAAGCCACUAAAGAGAGAGUGCAGUACUGGGACAUCAAGUUUUAA